UGUUUCACCGGAAAAAACCUUUCACCUCUGCCGCUGUGCAUGUGGUUGGCGGGCUGCUAGUUUUGUGUAUGUUGGGUGUAUUUGUUUAAAUUUUGCUGCUGAACUGGUAAACAAAACUUUUUAGCUAAGUAAUUCAGUAUCACGCGGAAUCGUUUCAGUCGGUCUUAUCUGUAGAUAAGUUAGCAGUGGUAGCACAGCCAUGCCGUCCAGCGCUGGAUCCAGCAGCCCCGCCGCUGCACUCGCCGAAGCGCUGGAAAACUCUGCCCGGCUGAUUGACAGACACCUGCAGGAUGACCGCUGCUUUCCUGACCUGUCGGAGCUGCUCAGCGUCCCCUCUCACAAUAUGCCAUCGCUCUCUGGAGUGUCGGACAUGGACUACCCCCUCCAGGGACCGGGUUUACUCAGCGUGCCAAAUCUCCCAGAGCUCAGUGCCGUCCGCCGGGUCCCUCUGCCGCCUGAGCUGGUGGAGCAAUUCAGCCAUAUGCAAUGUAACUGCAUGAUGGGAGUCUUUCCUGAGAUCUGUCGAGCAUGGCUUACUAUUGACAAUGACAUCUUCAUGUGGAAUUAUGAAGAUGGAGGAGAUGUGGCCUAUUUUGAUGGCCUUAUUGAAACAAUUCUGGCAGUGGGCCUUGUAAAACCAAAACAAGGGAUUUUACAACCACACAUUCACUACCUCUUAGUAUUGGCCACUUCUGUGGAUGUAGUGAUCCUCGGACUGAGCUUCCCCAAGAGCCAGGCUGGGUUGAAUGAUAGCAUGUCUGGUGGGAUGCAGCUGCUACCAGACCCCCUCUUCUCAAUCCCCACGGACAACACCUACAUCCUAUCCAUCACCUCCACAGACCUGGGACGUAUCUUUAUGGCAGGAAAGGACGGCUGCCUCUAUGAAAUAGCUUACCAGGCUGAGGCAGGAUGGCUGAGCCAGCGAUGCAGAAAAAUCAACCACUCCAAAAGCUCUUUGUCCUUCCUCGUCCCCUCUGUGCUCCAGUUCUCCUUCUCUGAAGACGACCCCAUUGUGCAGAUUGCUAUUGACAACUCCUGCAACACACUAUUCACACGCUCUGAGAAAGGUGUCCUACAGGUGUAUGACCUGGGUGCUGAUGGGCAGGGUAUGAGUCGUGUGGCAACCAUGUCACAGAGCUCCAUUGUUGCUGCUGCUGGAAACAUAGCCAGGACAAUUGACCGUUCAGUCUUCAAACCUAUUGUCCAGAUCUCUGUGAUUGACAGAUCAGAGUCCUCAGACUGUCACCUGCUUGCUGUCACUCAUGCAGGUGUGCGUCUGUACUUUAGCACCACACCUUUUGCCCCUCCACACCAGAAGCAUGUGGCAGUUCGACCUAGCCUGCUAGCUUUGGUCCAUGUCCGUCUGCCACCAGGGUUUUCUGCAUCUUCUACCCUGCAGAAACCUGCAAAGGUCCAUAAGGCACUACACAGCAAAGGUGUUCUGUUAAUGGCUGCUUCUGAGACAGAGGACAGUGACAUUCUGUGGUGCAUCAACCAUGACUCCUUCCCCUUCAAGAAACCCUUGAUGGAGACUCAGAUGAUGUCUAAUGUAGAUGGACACUCUUGGGCUCUUUGUGCCCUUAAUGAGGAGAGGCCUACCAAAAUUUUUACUCCCCUGAACAAGGAACAGAUCCCCAUCACUGAUUCACCUGUGGUAGUCCAGCAGCACAAUAUCCCUCCGCAGAAGUUUGUCCUUCUAUCUGCAAAGGGGAGUCAUAUCUUUCAAAAACUGCGGCCAGUAGACCAGCUUCGUCACCUGCUGGUGAGCUGCGCUGGAGGAGAAAGUGAAGAGGUUGAACGCUUCUUCAAGCUGCACAGGGAGGAGCAGGCUUGUGCCACAGCACUGAUCCUUGCUUGUUCCAGCGCUGCUUGUGACAGAGAGGUUUCACAGUGGGCUACCAGAGCCUUCUUCAGAUACGGAGGAGAAGCACAGAUGAGAUUCCCUGCAGCCAUGACAUCUCCCAGUACUGUUGGACCUGUGAUGAGCUCUCCAGCACCAGGCAUCGUGCCCCCAGCUUUGGCCACACCUUUCGCACCAAUGCACUCUGGGUCUGCCCCCAUCACACCCAUGUCAGCUGGCCCAGAGGUGAUUUUCUCAGGGAAACACAACGGCAUCUGUGUCUACUUUGCUCGCAUCCUUGGAAAUAUUUGGGAUGGUAGCCUUGCUGUUGAGAAAACCAUGAGCAACAGAAAUCAGACUGUCAGUAUUUUGGAAAGCAGCGUUGGUUUGUUUGAUUUAGAGUCAGUACUUCUGGAGCUCUGCGGUUUGAGGGAGUUUCUUGAUAAAAACUCUCAGUUCAGUCCAUCCUCUCUUGGUGCUGCAAGUUUCAGCUCCCCUGCCAACCUGCAGCAAAGGCUACUGGGAUUUAUGCGUCCUGAUGGAGCCAGCUCUCAGCAGGUCCAACAGGAGCUCCAGAGGAAAUAUCACACCAAGGCUCAGGUCUAUGAGAAAGUGUCCCUGCAGGGUAUCCAGCAGUUAGUGCAUCGCUCCUAUCAGACUCUGGCCCUCUGGAAGCUUCUCUGUGAUCAUCAGUUCAGCCUCAUUAUGUCUGAGCUGCCAAAGGAGUUUCAAGAGCAGAUGAAAGGAGCAAGUUUUAAGGAUGUAGUGAUCCGGGGCAAGGAGCUGUCUGGAGCGCUCAUCACAGCACUCAUUAAUGUCUACAUCAAAGAUAAUGCAUCUGUGGAUGCCAUCAGCAAUCACCUGCGGGACAUCUGUCCCCUGCUGUACAGCAGUGAUGACAACGUUUGCUCCAAGGCUAAUGAGUUGCUGCAGAGCUCUAAGCAGAUUCAGAAUAAAGCAGAUAAAGAGAGAACACUGAGGGAGUCUCUACGGCUCUAUCAGCAGAUCAGCCAACACACAGACCUGCCGCUGGUCUGCUCCCAGUACAGGCAAGUGCGUUUCUACGAGGGAGUCCUUGAGUUGUGCCUCACAGCAGCAGACAAGAAGGAUCCACAGAGGCUGGGGCCCCACUUCUACAAGAACGGAGAGCCUGAGGAUGACAGAGUGGGACAGCAGGCCUUCCAGGAAAGACUUUCGUGUUAUAAGUGCAUCACAGAUACCAUGCAGGAGCUGGUGAACCAGAGCAAAGCUGCCCCGCAGUCCCCUAGCGUCCCUAAGCAGCCUGGGCCACCUGUCAUGACCUCUGACCCUAACAUGCUCAGUAACGAAGAAGCUACAGCUCACUUUGAGCAGAUAAUCGGUCUGGCCCAGAGGUCUCAGGACGAGCUGUUUCACAUCGCUCUGUACAACUGGCUGAUUCAGGCCGACUUGACUGACAAGCUGCUAGAGGUGAAUUCUCCGUACCUGGAGGAACAUCUGAUGCAUAUGAUCAAGCAGGACCAGAGUAAGGUGCACAAUAUGGACCUGUUGUGGCGCUACUAUGAGAAGAACCGUAACUUUGGCAAGGCAGCUCAUGUACUGGCCCGUCUUGCAGACAUGCACAGCACUGAGAUCUCAUUGAAGCAGCGUUUGGAGUAUAUUGCCAGAGCCAUCUUGUCUGCUAAGAGUUCCUCCUGUAUCUCAGCUCAGGCAUCUGAUGGAGAGUUCCUUCACGAGCUGGAAGAAAAGAUGGAGCUGGUGCGCAUCCAAGUACAGAUUCAGGAGACCCUGAUCAGACAGUACUCCCAUCAUCCCUCAGUGAAAAAUGUCAUCUCUCAGUUGGACUCUGAGCUCAUGGACAUCACCAAGCUCUAUGGGGAGUUUGCUGACCAUUUCAAAUUGUCCGAGUGCAAGCUGGCUAUCAUUCACUGCGCAGGACACUCUGACCCAAUCCUGGUGCACUCGCUGUGGCAGGAGAUCAUGGAAAAAGAACUGGGAGACACCGUGACCAUGAGUCCAGCAGACAGGAUGAGGUCUCUCAGUCUGAAACUGGUAUCACUGGGAAAGAUUUACGCUGGAACACCAAGAUAUUUCCCUCUGGAGUUCCUAGUGAAGUUUCUAGAGCAGGAGGUGUGUCGACUGAACUGGGAUGUGGGCUUCGUCUCCUCCACCAUGCAGGAGAUUGGAGUACAGUUGCCGCGUCUUCUGGAGGUCUAUGACCAACUUUUCAAAACCCGGGAUCCUUGUUGGCAGCGGCUGAAGAAACCUCUCCACUUGGUGGAGUGUAUCCAUGUGCUGCUGUCAGGAUACGUGGAUGAUCCCAGCAGAGUACCAACCUAUGACAGACGUCGAUUCACUAACGUAUGUCUUGACAACAUCUGUGGAUACCUUGUGGAGCUGCAGUCUCUGAGCCCAAACUCGGCCCUUCAACAAACCAUCGGCAACUUCAAGUCGCUGCAGGCGAAGCUGGAGAAACUCCACUGACGUUACUAAUAACAUUCUUCACAGGACAAGGGACAGGUGACCUCUGGAUCUUGGACUGUUGGUCUUAAUUAAACAGCUGAUUUAAAAGCGUGAUUACAUGAUCAGCACGCACUACAUGAUGUUUAUAUUCCACAGUAGAGUUUGGCUCUUUUUCUCUUCAGUCUGAAAGCUUGGCAAGUGCUUGUUGUUAAGAGACUGUGGGAGCAGAUUACAGUAAAGUCUUCUGAUAAAGAUGAGACAGAAGAGACAAGUUUUAUUACUUAUUUGAUAUUUUGAUAGAAGUCUAAACAUUAUGCUGAAAUACAACUUUAGAAAGCAAGACAUUGUUGGUUAUUUGCAUUGUGUGCAAAUACAUGUCAGAUAUCUAAAAAUGAUAAGAUAUUUGAGUUACCUGUGUUUAUAAAAACAUGAAAUCACUCAACAUUUUGCAGGUCCGUUUUCAUAUAUUGAAAAUGCACUUAUUGACGAUUGAUUUGGGAUAUUUUCUUAUGAAUCCACUUGGUAAAUAUACCUGACUAAAACCUUUUUAUCACAGGGGAAUCAUUUUGAUUGUUUUACGUUUGCCUCCAAACAAACAGUUCAGUGUUGGAUUUUGUAAUUAUGUACAUAACUUGGCCAUAAUGUCUUCUCUUUUGCCAAAGGUCAUGCACACACCUAAACCUUUUUUUUUCAUAUGUAUUAUUUACAGUGAGCAUUUUGUCUACUUGGCUGAUAAAUGUAACAGUGCCGUUGUGUAUGAGUGCUUUUGUGAUUGUUUGGAAUGUAGAACAAAUUUUUAACACGGUGCAGUUCACAGUGCUACACUGAAACCUUUGGCCUGCAUUGAGAAAAAAAAUCAUUAAACAUUUUUAUAAAGAAA